UGGGGUGGAUAAGGUUACUUUGAACUCCGUAUUUCAUGUUUCCUGACAUACCCCCCCAAAGAACAGCAAUUAUGUUAGUGAGGCUGCAGUAGUGUUAAACAGCUCUUUCCCAGUUCUUUUGUUUUGUUGGGGUUUUUUUUUGCUGCUUCUCCAUGCUUUCCUUCCCUGUUUAGAGAUGAGCCUUUCUGCUGUUUGUUUGCCAUGCGCAUGGUUCUUAGGAUAUUAGAGAAAACUCACUGGAAGGCAUGGCUAUUUUUGUUAGAGGCUGAUACUUAAGACUGAGCUUGAAGUAUUGCUGCUGGAAGGCCUGAGGUUGCUCGGUGAGGGCAGGAGUCUGCAGAGGAAAGAGAAAGUUCAGAGGGGCACAAAAGAAGAACGAACAGAAUUAGAAAAAGUGGAGUACCUCCCUCCUGCUUGUUCUGCAGCUCCUGCAAGAGUGAGCAACCCAGAGGUAUUAUCUAAGCUGCCACUGUAGAUCUUGACCUUUUUAACAGAGUAUCUCUUACCAUCAUCAUCAUGGCCGAGGUUACACCAGAAGGACGUAUGUCUACGACCACUACAAUAACAGAUGGUAAGAAUGGAUCUGUUCCAUCAUCCAUGAGAAUGGGCAAGAAAUCAGUUACAGAAGACCUUGUGACAACAUUCAGCUCCCCAGCAGCAUGGCUUCUUGUUGUGGCUCUGAUUGUUACCUGGUCAGCAGUAGCUAUUGUAAUGUUUGACUUGGUGGAUUACAAAGCCUUUGCAGAAGGAAUUCACUUGAGUUUCAGUAACGUGGAAACUUCCUUCUGAGUGACCCUUCCUACACAAGCAUCAGAUUUUAAUAUGAACACCAAAAAAAAUGUGGCAAAAUGGACAUAAACCAAGGGAGAGAAACCACCAUAUUUUGCUUGUAAUUUUCCAUAUUAACUAUCAAUCAAUCAUAUUCUUACUAUUUUUCAGUAAGGAACAAGGGUAUGCCUUAGACAAAACUAAACCAAGCAAUUCAUAGACUGGCUGUCAGCUUAUGCAUGCUCUGUAUACUACUCAGGGUAUUAUUAAGCAAUGCAAAACUAUAUUUUUUCGGUAGACUGAGGGAAAAUUUCUAGGCAGAUGGAAAUCUGAUGUUCACGUUGUAUUGGUUAAAUGAGCUUAAAUCCCAAGGGCACUGAUGCAAACUGACAUUUUCAGACCAGGCAGUAGAAACAAAAUAAUGUAAAAUUUAAUCUGCAGAAGGAGUUCAUAUUUUGUAGAGAUCUCUGAGUGAUGAUAUUUCAAUACUGUCAUGGGUUCAAGUCUUUUUCUUCCCAAAUAUAUUUCUGUUCCUACCUGAUUAAUUAAAGCAACAUUUAAAUAAUCUAUUAAUGGUGAAAUGUUAAAUGAAAGAACUACUGUGCUCCUUCAGACCUAGAUUUAUCAGACUGCUUUCUGUUUUUACGGAUACAUAACGGUGGCUGUAUAGCUUUUAUUAUGGCCAGGGUUUCAGCUCCUGACGUCCUAAUCAGCUGCAGUUGUCCAGCUGAAACCCACCUGUGGCAAUAGCUGAAGACUUCACAUAGAGUCACCUGGCUGGGAGUACUGAUACUGAAAUUAUUUUCACCCUGUGACAGUGUGGCCUUUGCCUCCAGUGGAGCUGUGAAGGAAAACUUGGAGCAUGUUUUAAGUGACCCCUUAAAUCUAAAAUCCAGGAAUAGUUUCAUUUUACAAUGACAUUCUUCCUUGAAUAACAUACAGUUUAAAAA